AUGUUGAGCUUGCAGUCAUUCGGCAAAGUGCUGCCACUGCUGGUGGGAACUGGCCUGGCAGCUGUUAGCUAUCCACCAAUUCCCGAGGAUUUGACGACCCCUUAUCAACAACGUCUUGCGAUAUAUGGUCCAAAUGCCGUUUCCGUGGGUUGGAAUACCUAUGAGAAACUCAACCAAAGUUGUGUCCAGUAUGGCACAUCUAAGGCCAAACUCGACACACAGGCCUGCUCUUCGACUUCGUCGACAUAUGCAACCUCUCGGACUUACUCCAAUGCUGUUGUCCUCACAGGCUUGACCCCAGCAACAACGUACUACUACAAGAUUGUUUCCACGAACUCUAGCGUGGAUCAGUUCCUCAGUCCUCGCAGCCCUGGCGAUACCACGCCUUUCAACCUCGAUGUAGUCAUCGACCUUGGGGUGUUCGGCAGAGAUGGUUACACCAUCACCUCCAACAACGCUAAGAAGAGCAGCAUUCCAUCUAUCGAUCCGGCGUUGAAUCAUACUACCAUUGGCCGCUUGGCUGAGACCGUUGAUGACUAUGAAUUCGUCCUUCAUCCCGGUGAUUUUGCCUACGCCGAUGAUUGGUACCUCAAGCCGAAAAAUCUGUUGGACGGGAAAGAUGCCUACCAGGCAAUCCUGGAGCAGUUCUACGACCAGCUGGCUCCUAUCAGUGGACGCAAGCCGUAUCUGGUUUCCCCAGGGAACCACGAGGCGGCCUGUGGAGAGAUCCCCUUUACAACUGGUCUCUGCCCUUUAGGACAGCGUAAUUUCACUGCGUACAUGCAUCGGUAUGACGAGACCAUGCCCAGUGCUUUUACUUCCUCCUCGUCAAACACCACGGCCCAAAAGCUCGCUACAAAAGCCCAGAGCCUCGCUCAGCCACCAUUUUGGUACUCGUUCGAGUACGGAAUGGCCCAUAUUGUCAUGAUCAAUACCGAAACGGACUUCCCCUCAGCCCCAGAUGGACAGGAUGGAUCAGCCAAACUCAACAGCGGGCCGUUUGGUCGCGAUGGCCAACAGCUGGCAUUCCUUGAGGCUGACCUCGCCAGUGUCGACCGGACCGUGACACCCUGGGUGAUUGUUGCGGGACACAGACCGUGGUACUCGACGGGCUCCAGCUCCAAUAUCUGCGAGCCCUGUCAGGAAGCAUUCGAGGAACUAUUCUAUAAAUACGGCGUUGACCUCGGAGUGUUUGGCCACGUGCAUAACUCUCAACGCUUUUUGCCCGUUUACAAUAACACUGCGGACCCCAACGGUAUGAACGAUCCUGCGGCGCCUAUGUACAUUGUCGCUGGUGGUGCUGGCAACAUUGAGGGUCUCAGCUCGGUUGGGUCGAAGCCGUCGUACACCGAAUUUGUUUACGCCGAUGACUAUAGUUACAGCACUCUUCGCAUCCUGGACGCAAACAACCUGCAGGUGGACUUCAUCCGGUCUUCCACCGGCGAGAUUCUCGACUCGAGCAAGCUGUAUAAGAGUCACAAGGAGCAGUUUGUUGUUCAGUGA